AUAACAUGAGCAGACUCUAGGAAUGUGUUGGGCAGCUACGUCACGGUUACCAAAUCCAUGAGGAGAAAAAAAACCGUUGAAGCUCAACUCCUGGGAUUUGUAGAGCUAACAAUAAAACAACAAAUGGGCAUUUAAAACACCAUGACGCCCAACUGAGUUGUCGCACACCGUUGAAAGGGGCGGCACCAGUACAAGGAGACCGACUCGUUGUCGUUUCCCAUCUAUGAAGGCACAAAAAAUCCAAGAUGGUAAGGCGAACCAGGCUUCGAGGCGACAUCUUCGAAAUUAGCCGUUUUACAACAACAUAUACUAUCCCUAUACGCGAGAGACCCAGGGGACUCACUCUUCAGCUGGCAUCCCCUCCUUACUGAACUCCCCCCUGAGCCAGCCCUAUACCAGCGGACCACCACCUCCCGUCAUGUCCGCCUCUUCCUCCACCACCAUUCCCCCCUUCAAGUUCCGGCAGCGGCGCGAGAGCGUGGACUGGCGUCGCGUCAGUGCCGUCGACGUGGACCUGGUGGCGAGCGAGCUGGACUUCCUCACGCUGCAGGAGCACAUCCAGGGGGUGACCUUCUGCAGCGUGGAGGGCGAGCGCUGCCCGCGCUGCCAGAGCCCCGUGGACCCAGCCCUGCUCAAGCUCUUCAGGCUGGCCCAGCUCACUGUGGAGUACCUGCUGCACUCCCAGGAGGUCCUGACCCUCAGCCUGCAGGCGGCGGAGGAGAGGCUGAGGGCCGCGGGCCUCGACAGGGACCAGGUUCUGGCCCAGCAGCAGAAGCAGGCGGAGGAGAUUACGGCUCUGAAAGCCGAGCUGAGGCACAGGAAGAAGAUCAUUAAGAGUCACCAGAACGUGCUCGCCUCGCGUCUCACCAACUGCCAUAAGUGUCAACAUUGUGAUAAAGCCUUCAUGAAUUCCUCCUUUCUGCAGAAUCACAUGCAACGUCGUCACCCAGAGGAGUAUGACUCCCAAUGUAGGUCAGAUAGUGAGAGGAAACAUCAGAUUACUUCACUCAAGGGGGAGGUUGUUAGCCUGAAGGAGGAGGUUAUUAGCCUGAAGGAGGAGGUUAACCAGCAGCAACAAGCUCUGCGGGCCAAAACCACUCAGGAGAAAGACCAACUGGCCAUGCACGAGGAGCUGGAGAGAUUGGACCGGAAACUCCAGGAUACCACGGGUGGCAUCAGGAGGGAGCUGGACAUGUUCCACAGAAACAACGCUCAGCAGCUUCAGGUGGCCCGUCAGGAGCCUGACCUCAGUGUGGCUCCUCGCCAGGUAGAGAGAGACCACGACCAGGACAGAGCUCUCCACAGGCUGACACAACAGAUCAAGCAACAGGACAAAAAAUGGGAAUCCGCGUUGCAGAAAAUGAAAGCGGUCCACGAGAGUGAAACAGUCGAGCUCCAGAGGGAGCUGAGCAGGAUGCAGUCGUCGCUGUCGGAGCAGCAGGACCGGGGCCUGAGGCAGAGGGAGGAGAUGAGCCAGCGGCUGCAGGAGAAGGAGCUCACCAUCGUGGCUCAGAGGGAACAGAUAAGGCACAUUUCUUUGAAUCCACCUACCAAAGUGGUUGAAGUUCCAGUGCUAGUCACUGCUCCAGCACCAGCACCUAAACCAAAAAGAGUGAUGUCUGAGCAGCCUCCCAUUGCUACUAAACUGGAUCCAAUAGAGGAGAUGUCAGAGGAGGAGAAAGACUCCAGCAGCGUGUCCGGAAGGCCAGAGGUCAUGAGGCCGGAGGCAAAGAAGCACGAGCAGAAACAGGAAGCCAGGAAGCAGGUGGCGGGCGCGACGACCCCGCGCGUGCUGAGGAAGAUCCCCGACAUCCAGAGGGAGCUGCGGCCCGCUCUGGAGCAGGCGCUCCUGGAAAAGCUGGAGACCCUGGGCGUCAGAGCGGGCCUGACUGGUCUGCGGAACAGGGAGUACAGCGACCUCGUGGCCAAGGUGCGCCUGGAGAGGGAGAGCGUCGCGAGGGACGUCCCCGACUACUGGCGCCACCGCAAGGACGUGGCCCACACCUUGGAGCGGAGACUGAAGGGAAAGAAGACGGGGGGGCAGCAGGCCAAACCCACGACCCCAACUCAAGUGACUCAGAGCAGAGCGCGGUCCAGCAGCUUGCCCUCCAGGGUCACACAGGUGAUGUCAGGGCCAGCGGCCAAGCAGGUGCAGCCCCCUCAGCCAGCCCCCCGGACCAAGACCAGCACCCUACCCAAGACCUCCACCCCCAGAACACCUCCGUUUAGUUCAGACGAGGAGUCUGAAGACGAGGGGGAGACGGAGGAGGAGGAGGAGGAAGAGGAACAGCCUCAGAAACAGAGACAAGAACGAGGCCCUCAACACAAAGCCCCACCACCCAGGACACCGCAGCCCCAACCUAAACCGAGCCAGGGCAGGCCAACCCACACCAAGCCCAUCCCCGCCAGGCCAAGCCAUGCCAAGACGACUCGUAGCAACCUGAGCCAGACCCAGCCUCCACCGCCCAAAACCCAGCAGCAGCCAAGAGGCCCUGCGGUCAACAAAAACAAGACGACGGGCAAGACGGCCGUGACUGCGGUGGAGAGCGAGGGGGAGUGGACAGACGGGAGCGAGAUGGAGGAGAUCGACCUGCCGCAGCUCCAGAACUACACCGACCAAAAUGGCAACGUGGGGAAAACGACAAACAGCAACCUUGUCAAGGGUCUGACAAAAAGCCUUGAGAAGCAGCUGGCUGACAGAGGACCAAAGAAGCCAGUAGGGGGAGUGAGCACACUGCCAGAGAGCAAAGAUGUGGUACGGGAACUCAAGUACACUGAGAUGGACGAGAGCAGCGAGGACUGGGACGUGUCCUCUCUGGAGGACCUGGCUCUUCCGGAAGGGUCCAAACCGGCGCCCGGCCCCGCUCCCGUGAGGAAGAGCCUGGACUCGUCCGGGACGAGCGUCUGGGGCACCUCCACCGGAAAGAGAGGUCUCAGUGAAACAGGAGGGAGCACCCUGAAGAGCAGCCUGGUUUCAGUCAGUGACUUCAGUGACACAGAUGAUAUAUAGCCAUAUAAAUCAAUCAAGCAAUAUAUAUAUGCUUGACUGGUAGCAUAGGUUUACAGGCCUCAGGCGCUAAAACAAUAUCUAUAAAACGGCUUUUGAAAUACAAAGAAUGUCAUGUUUUCCCCUAUUGUUUAGUGAUGAAUUGUAUAUGUAUCAAGGAACAUGUCUACACUCCAAUAAUAAGGAUGUUUUCCUCUGCUCAGGACCCCAUUGCAGUGCUAACUGACAUGAUAGUUAUCCUCUGCCUUGUGCAGCUUUCAGUAUUAAGUUUAUAUAUAUAUAGAGUAUAACUGUUGUUAUUUUUUACGUUUGGAUUUUGCAUUCAAGUGAGGUACCUUUUCCUGUGGUACUGUACGUGGUAGUGUGUUGUCAGUUUUGUACUUGAGAUUUGAAACGAAAUUCAGUUGUUUUUAUGAAUGAAAAUAUUUAUACAAGCAGCAAAACGAAUCGUAUGGAUUCACAAUAUCAGUACUGUUGUCAC